AUGAUUUGUCUUUAUAUCUCUACAGUGAGUGAACAGUAUAAAAGUACACGUGGUUCAUUUGGCAGGAGAUUUUCAAAGUUUCUGGUUCAAAGAAAACGUCUCAAAGGCAUGGAAACGAAGAAAGAAAUUAAUCUAGACUCAAUACUAGAAAGUCUUGGCCCGUACGGACGAUACAAUCUAUUAAACUUCGUACUACUACUCUUCCCUGUGCUUUUAAGCAGCUUCUUUGAGUGCGGUUUCAUUUUUGAAGCCCAAGAACAAACUUACAGAUGCAAAAUCUAUGGCUGCGAGGAACGAUUCAACGACACAUCAUGGCUGCAAUAUGCUAUACCGACAAACACUGAAAGGAAUAGACCAGAAUCGUGUAAAAGAUAUGCAUAUUACAACGUUUCCAGUUUUCAAUGUCUGCCUGAACAGUUUUCCAAUAUCACCGUACCUUGUGAGAGCUACGUCUACGAAGAAGGAGAGUCGUUUGUAAAAGAGUUUGACUUAGGCUGUCAGGAAUGGAAAAGAGCACUUGUAGGAACAGUCCACAAUUCUGGAAUGUUUGCUGCGAUGCUGGUCACUGGAGCUAUAUCAGAUAAAUUUGGCAGGCGAGUAGCAGUUGGUAUGGCGGCCACAGCUAGUUUCAUAUUUGGCGUAGCGAGAGCAUUUUCUCCAGGAUAUAUAACUUACCUCACCUUGCAUUUCUUAGAAGCUGGUUUUGGAGGUGGCUUAUACCCAUCUGCUUAUGUUUUAGCGGUAGAAUUAGUUGGCGUAAAACAAAGAGUAUUCGUCUCAGCAAUGUGCAAUAUGACAUUUGUGGUGGGUGUAGUUCUCAUAGCACUCCUUGCUUGGUUCGUCAACAACUGGAGGACUUACAUUCUCAUCUUAUACACUCCUGCGAUAAUUGUCGGAGUAUACGUAUGGUUUAUGAAUGAAAGUGCUCGAUGGCUACUCAGUAAGGGUAAAAAGGAUGAAGCAGUUUCGACACUAAAGAAAGCCGCUAAAAUCAACAAACUCGAUCCCCGAAAAUUGGAACUAGAUUCCUUGAGUGACCCAUUACUAAAACCAGAAAACCAAACAGAGGAUAAGAAAUCUCAAUUUUCGAAAGCGAUACGUUCUAGCAUCAUUUGGAAGAGAUUGCUCAUAUGUUCAUUUUUAUGGUUAACUUGUUCGUUAGUUUAUUACGGUCUGUCAAUAAACUCAGUGUCUCUCAGUGGAAACAAAUAUGUCAGCUUUAUGUUGGUGGUGCUAGUGGAAAUACCAGCGUAUAUAGUGGUUGUGAUUGUGUUAGACAAAUAUGGAAGGAAAAAGACAAUGAUAGUGACUUAUUUGACAUGUGCAGUAACCAGUCUACUCUUCGCUUUUCUACCGAGAUCUGACUGGUGGUCCAUCCCACUAUAUCUCAUCGGCAAGUGGAGUGUCACGCUGACAUACAGCUCGGUCUACAUCUACGUGUCCGAAGUGUUCCCAACCAAUAUGCGACAGACGUUGAUAAGCGUUUGCUCCACCGCUGGAAGGAUUGGCUCUCUUAUCGCACCUUUGACGCCUUUACUGUCGGUGUAUCACAGAUCGAUGCCUACAGUGAUAUUUGGAGGCAUGUGCUUUUUCUCCAGUCUUCUAGUUCUCAUGCUGCCUGAGACGAGAAAUAUGAGGCUACCCGACACCAUCGAAGAAGCGGAAGAACUUUCUCGAAUGAAAGACAAGUCUGACGACAUG